AUGCCAAAGAGAGGAAAAACCAGGGCAGCCAACCCAAAAAAGGAGGCUGCUCCACUCAGGGAUCCAUCCGCUGGACAGGAAUCCCCAUCUGAUGAUGUUGAGGACAUCCCCAAUAACAUACCGGAGGAGAACCAGGAGGAGUCAGUGAAGCUGACAGAUGGCCAGGAGGAUCAGCUAGUUGGCCUCAUACAGGACAACGCCAACCUAUAUGACAAGACAAACAAACAGUGGCUCAACAAAGAGGCUCGACGUCUGGGACCCACCCUAGCCAACUGUUCGUCAAACAUCUCUGGAGCCAGCCUCAGGUUUUGGAAAUAG